UUACUAGUGCGCUCGCUCAUAGAAAAGUGCCGCGUGAAAUUGGCAUAUUUCUUUCCAAGUGACGGAUAAAUUUUGAUGUUUAGGCGUGAACGAGUGUGAAUUAAUUCAAUUUUUAACUGUGUGAAUUGGAAGUAGAAAAAUAAACAAAAUGUCUACGGCGGAAGCACAAAUAGGUGUGAAUACAAAUUUGCAAAAGCAGGAUCUUAGUAACUUGGAUAUCGAGAAUUUGACACCACUCUCUCCAGAGGUGAUCUCGCGUCAGGCCACAAUCAAUAUCGGUACUAUUGGACAUGUAGCGCAUGGAAAAUCAACCGUGGUUAAAGCUAUUUCUGGAGUUCAAACUGUGCGCUUCAAAAAUGAACUGGAGAGAAACAUCACUAUUAAGCUUGGUUACGCUAACGCUAAAAUUUAUAAAUGCGACAAUGCAAAGUGUCCACGACCAGCUUGUUUUAUUUCUGACGGUUCCAGCAAGGAUGAUAGCUUCCCCUGUGCCCGUCCGUCCUGUGUGGGCCGUUUCAAGUUGGUGCGUCACGUGAGUUUCGUGGAUUGUCCUGGUCACGACAUUCUUAUGGCUACCAUGUUGAACGGUGCUGCUGUAAUGGAUGCUGCACUACUCUUAAUUGCUGGUAACGAAUCCUGCCCUCAGCCUCAAACAUCUGAGCAUUUGGCUGCAAUUGAAAUUAUGAAACUAAAACAGAUCCUCAUUUUGCAAAAUAAAAUUGACCUGGUGAAGGAGAGCCAAGCCAAAGAGCAGUAUGAAGAGAUAACGAAAUUCGUGCAGGGUACAGUUGCCGAAGGUGCACCAAUUGUACCGAUUUCUGCUCAGCUUAAAUAUAACAUUGAUGUAUUAUGUGAAUAUAUCACAAAGAAGAUUCCCGUGCCUCAGCGCGAUUUCAAAGCACCUCCUCGGCUAAUUGUUAUACGUUCCUUUGAUGUGAAUAAGCCAGGUUGUGAAGUCAACGAUCUGAAAGGAGGUGUGGCCGGUGGUUCUAUCCUUUGUGGUGUAUUGAAAGUGGGUCAGGAGAUUGAAGUGCGUCCUGGUGUUGUCACGAAGGACAGCGAGGGCAACAUAACCUGUCGACCCAUUUUUUCGCGCAUUGUGUCACUGUAUGCCGAACAAAAUGAACUGCAGUACGCGGUGCCUGGUGGUUUAAUUGGUGUGGGUACGAAAAUCGAUCCGACACUAUGUCGUGCAGAUCGUCUCGUUGGCCAGGUGCUGGGAGCUGUUGGCCACUUACCUGACAUAUAUAUUGAGCUGGAAAUUUCGUAUUACCUCUUGCGACGAUUAUUGGGCGUGCGUACGGACGGCGAUAAAAAAGGUGCACGUGUAGAGAAACUACAAAAAAAUGAAAUAUUGCUGGUGAAUAUUGGAUCUUUAAGCACGGGUGGUCGAAUUUCCGCCACAAAGGGCGAUUUGGCCAAAAUUGUGCUCACCACACCGGUUUGUACUGAGAAGGGGGAGAAAAUUGCAUUAAGUCGUCGUGUGGAAAAACAUUGGCGUUUAAUUGGAUGGGGCCAGAUAUUUGGCGGCAAAACUAUUCAACCUGUACUGGACAGCAAACCCGCCAAGAAGUAAAACCGAAAGGUUUACACCACGAGCAUUAGUAUCAGUUUGAAACUUAUUUGUUAUAAGCGAACAAAACGCAUUUGUCGGUCUUCAAUUUUUAUAUAUAAAUUAUUACCAGCCACAGUUUCCUUCUUUUGUUUUACGCGCAGUAAAACUGAAGACACCACCAAUAGAACUUGUUUAAAAAAAGCAACAAAUUAUAAAAUAUUUAAUUAACAAUAUAAUUAAAGGAAUUAAAAUUUGUUAUUUUAAAAAGGA